AUGGUGCCCAAGAAGAAGCGCGGGCUCAGCGCGGGGCGCCGGCCGGGCGCGGCGGGAGACGGCGCCGAGCCGCCGCUGUCGGAGCGCGGGCAGUACCUGCAGCGCGAGUAUAAGCUGCUUUCGGAGCAGCUGGACGCCUGCGAGGCGCGCGUGGACCAGAUGCUGCAGGAGAACGCCUUCCUGGACCGCGAGGCGGUGCGCUUGCGCGAGGAGAACCGGCUCUACGCCAGCUACGUGAGCGCGCGCGCGCAGCGCUGCGCCCAAGCCAUCGUCCGACUGGACGAGCAGAACCGCGUGGACCUGACGCAGAUCCACUGGCAGCGGGCCGAGCUGGCCUCGCUGUACCGCGGGCGCGAGGACGGAGUGCGCACGCAGCUGCUGGAGAUGGAGGCGCGCGCGGCGCGGAUGGCGCGGCAGGUGCAGGAGCUGCAGCCAUACAAGGAGCUGCAGCUGGAGCAAUUGGCCCGGAUCCGGGCGCUGGAGCGCGAGCUGCUGCACAUGCGCGUGGAGCACACGCAGCUGCUGCACCGCGUGAAAAGGCGCUUCCUGGAGGACAAGGCGGCCUUCGAGCGCGAGGCGCGUCAGCGUGUGCAGUCCCUGGCGCGACGCGCGGAGCGGGAGGCGGCGCGCGCGCUCAUCGUGCACACGCAGGCCAUCAAGGCUGACAACGGGCGCCUGCGGCAGGAGCUCCUGCGGCUCCUUCGCUGGGCUCAGCUGCUGCAUGACACGCGGCGCCAGCUGCUGGAGCAGCGUGAACAGCUGCGGCGCGAGCACGAGGACACGCGGGACCUGGCGCGUGUGCAUGGCUGGCUGCGCCGGGGCCCCGACGGCCCGCCGCUGUGGCCGCCGCCCGCCCCGCGUCUCGGGUCCUUCGCCCCCUCCACAGCCCCGUCGCGCGUGGCUCCCCGGGCCCCGUCGCGCGCGGGCUCCGGGUCAUUGCUCCCAUCGCAUUCGAAGGAGACCGUGGACAAUGACGCUGCAGCGGAAGCCGCCUCAAGGGGAGCCGGAAUCGACGGAGUUGGGGGGGCGGAGGGCGCGUGGAGCUGCUCCGCAGGGGCAAAGGAAGUGGGCCACACCAGUAUCCUCGCGCCGGGAAUGACGGAGACGGACAUCGCCCGCAUGGACAAAUGGUGCCAGAGCAGGACAGGAGUCCAGCUGGCCAGGAGGAGCUAG